GUCGUCUACCUCCGUCACUCCUAUCAGACGCGCGAAGCAGCUCAGCGACGCCGCGCCGCGCGACCAAAAUCCGCCGUGCCCAGACCCCGACGGGAAACUCGGGCUUUAGCUGCCGUCUGCCUCGAUAUGCUCCCAUGGGCGGCCACCGCGUCACCACCCAGCACUCCAGCCGCCGUCUCAUUUGCUCCUCCCCUCCGCGCCGCCGCUCCCCGCCCUCCACCGCCCCUCUGCCGCCCGCUUCCACGGAUGCUGUGCGCGGGCCUCAACCCCCCACCGCGCGCCGCCUCUUCCGACGGCAACGUCUUCUGGGAGGAGCCAGACGACGGCUCCGGGAGCGACUACGAGGACGACGGCCCGGAGCAGAGGAGGGCCUUGCGUUUUCCAUCUUCCUCGCCGUCAUCAAGGCUCGAGGCGGCGCGGCAGCAAGAACAGGACCUCCGGAGAGAAAUCGAGCUUCUCCUAACGCCUGAAGAAAAGGCUAUCUUGGAUCAGCACGAGACUCCUGACGUCACUAAAAUAUCAUCACCGAAAUGGCAUCCACUUCAUAGCUACGCGCUGGCACUGCAGAUACCCCUCAUGGACAAGCUUCUGGACAGUGGUGUUGACAUCAACUUACUUGAUAGAGAUGGCUUCACCUGUCUUCACAAGGCGGUCAUAGGAAAAAAGGAGGCUGUCAUUAGCCAUCUCCUAAGAAAAGGGGCAAAUCCCCAUGUUAGAGAUAGGGAUGGAGCUACACCAUUACAUUAUGCUGUUCAAGCUGGUGCCCUGCAAACUGUGAAGUUACUGAUUAAGUACAAGGUUGAUGUCAAUGUUGCUGAUAAUGAUGGAUGGACACCACUCCAUUUAGCCAUACAGAGUAGAAAUAGAGAUAUAGUGAAGGUUUUGCUUGUCAAUGGUGUGGAUAAGACAAGAAGAACCAAGGAUGGGAGGACUGCACUGGAUCUAAGCUUAUGCUUUGGAAGGGAUUUCAAGUCAUAUGAUCUUGCAAAGCUUGUCAAGCUUAUUCCAGCAAAUAGAGGAGUGUGAUUUCGCUCUGCCACAAAUUUCAGGGAAACAAAAGCCAAAAGUUAGCCAGUGCAGCCUCGUAUGAGCCAUGCAUAGAUUAUGAAGAAGGGUCCAGAUGCAGCUUAUAAAGAAACAAGAAAGGAAUUAUCGCUGCUGGUCAUUUUAACAGUUUUUCUUGACCGCCAACUCCAAGCGAUCUGACAUAUCGCUCUAUAAUUGCGCCAUUGGAAUUCUGUCCAUGGUCUGUAGUCUGUUCGACAUGACUCAAAAUAUGGAGAACCUUAUGGAUAUACAAGCAGCAGUCUUCUUCGUAGUAGUUCA